CUUUUCGUUUAGAGUACGGGUAUUCCUAUCUAUUUAGGAAAUUAAAAUAUUAAAGAAAAAUAAAUAAACUCAAAGAACAGAUAACUUCCGCACGAUAUAUUUAGUAAUUUCACGCUGUGAUGAAAUGUCACAAUUUCAGUGGAUUUGUGCCAAUGAUAGAGAAAUCUAGCAAUGUGAAAAAUUGUGAUGUUCAUGCAAUCCGUAAUUUGUGAUAAUAAAAACGUUUUGUGUUUAAACGAAUAUAUUUAUAAAACUGUCUGUGGCAGAAAAGUUUGGGCGGAACAAAGAAAUCGAGUUGGAUGAUUUAACAAUUUUGAUCUGAGUCGGAGAUAAUUGGAGAUGAGCACACCACCGCCGAUGCAGUUGGAGGUGGAAGUCGGCGACGAGUCCAUGGAAGAAGACGCUGCAGACAUGAUACCGGCUGAUCGAUUUACGUUACCCGCACGCGCUGACGCUGUUGUGGAGUUAUGGAGGACGAAGAUGGCAGAGGGUGUCCUCUCACCGGCACACUUUCAGGACCACUGGCGUGUGACUGUGCCCAGGAUCUAUUCGCCACAGCCCAACAGGACAUGCUUGGAUUGGUCCUUCGACGAAGAAUUAGCAGCCAAGUUACUGAUCCAACCCCUGGAACAGUUCGUGUGGGGUUCCGCAGAGAGUUCUGAACCGCCGCCGCCUCGACGGUCCACGCUAUGUGGCCGUGUAUUCAAACAGGGAGAGCCGGCAUAUAGUUGCAGGGAGUGCGGCAUGGACAAUACAUGCGUUCUCUGUGUGGAGUGUUUCAAGGUGUCUGCGCACAGACAUCACAAGUACAAGAUGGGUCAGUCCGGGGGCGGCGGGUGCUGCGACUGUGGCGAUACCGAGGCCUGGAAGAGGGAUCCUUUCUGUGAUCUUCACGCGGCUCCUGAUAGCGAAGAGCAGGCCCAAGCCAACAUUGGCCCCGAAGUGCUUGAACGAAUGAAGAUCGUUGCGUCAGUGUGUCUAUCGUAUUGCUUUAGACUGCUCACGCUCGACCAUGCGCCCGGACUGCCUAAUGAUUUAAUAUUAAAGGAUGCUGAAAAGGAUCUACUACAGAUAUUAGAUCAACCUGAUUGCUAUUGUACUGUGCUAUACAAUGAUGAAACUCAUACUUUUGAACAGGUGAUAACGACCCUGAACCGCGUGAUGAAGUGCAGCCACCGCGACUCGGUGGAGCUCGUGAGCCUCAUCGACCGCGAGGGUCGCGCGCUCGUCAAGUGCAACUCCUUCCAGCUCUGCGACAAGCUCAAGACCGACAUCGAGAUGUUCACGUCGCGGCACGGGCCGGCGCUCAAGGUGCUGGUGAUGCACGCGCACGUCGUCGCGCACCAGAUCUUUGCCAUGAAGCUGCUCACGUGGUUGCAAAACUUCGUGAGUCAGGAGCAGAGCCUGCGGCUGGCGGUGAGCCAGGUGGCGCUGGCGGACGAUUCGGCGCCGGCGGGCUGGGCGCCGGCGGGCGGCGGCGCGGGCGUGGCGGCGGGCGUCAUGCAGAACGACUGCCGCAUGUGGAAGGCGGCGCGCACGGCCUGGCACCGCCUGCUCAUCGCCACCACGCUCAUGGACUACUCCACCAAGCGCGCCAUGGCCAUCCUCUUCACUAAGAACUACGGGUCGAUCCUGAAGGACUUCAUCCGCGACGACCACGACCACUCGUUCUCGAUCUCGUCGCUGUCGGUGCAGCUGUACACCACGCCCACGCUGGCGCACCACCUCAUCGCCAAGCACGACGCGCUCUUCGUCGUCAUGAACACCUUCGUCAGCGAGUGCACGAGACGCUGCAACGCAGAGGGUCGCCUGGAAUUCGACAGGAACCAUAUAUCUACUGGAUUCAAGCGCGCUCAGUUCAUACUCUACGACGUAAAGUACCUGUUGGGUUCCGUUCCCACCGUGUUCGAUGAAGAUUUAAGGAAAGGCUUCCUGCAUGGUUUGUCGCUGAUGCUUAACUUACUCGUGAUGAUGCAGGGAAUGGAUUCUGUAGUGAGACAAGUCGGCCAGCACAUGGAGUACGAGCCCGAGUGGGAGUCCGCCUUCAAUCUGCACGUGAAGCUGGCGCACAGCAUCACGUUAGCGCUGGAGUGGUGCAGCGCAGAGCGGACGCUCGCCGCCACCGCCUACCGCAUGGCGCUGCGCAGACACGCCGACACCUGCGCCGCGCACGCGCACGAGCUGCGCGAACUGAGCAACCAGAGCGCGUUCGUGAUCCCGUACGACGUGUCGAAGGAGCCGGUGUCGGUGCACCGGCCGCUGUCCCGGUUCCUGGCCGGUCUGCAUCUGCAACUGCACCGCCACGGGCUCGCCUAUCACAGCCGCGAGUUCGACCGACCGGACUCGCCCAAACCGACGCCGGAGGAGCUCAUCGAGCCAGUCCUGCGCACGAUGUCGAUGAUCGCGCAGGUUCACGCUGGUAUGUGGCGACGGAACGGAUUCGCCUUGCUGAACCAGCUCUACUUCUAUCACAACGUCAAGUGCAGAGCGGAGAUGUUCGAUCGUGAUGUCGUUAUGUUACAGAUUGGUGCUUCCUUAAUUGAAAGCAAUGAAUUUAUAAUUCACGUUUUAAACAAAUUCAACCUGCUGGACUGGGCUGCACCGGAUUUCGAACAAAAGUCGAUAGAGGAUGACACCUUAAGACAUACCAUCAGCAUGGUUGAGGAGUUCCUAAGGCUGCUUAUUACAGUCGUUGGUUCCCGCUAUAUGCCAGGUGUGGGCGAGGUGACCAAUGAAGAUCGCACCAAGAAAGAGAUCAUACAGAUGCUCUGCGUCAAGCCUAUGCCGCACUCAGAACUCAAUCGAUCACUUCCCGAGGAUCAACUACACGAGACGGGCCUCGAAGCUGUUAUACACGAAGUAGCAGACUUUGUGAAACCGACCGGCGGUAACAACCGCGGCGUUUACAAAUUAAAACCGCAUCUCUACGACGAGUAUGAUACGUUCUUCUAUCACUACACGCGAGAAGAACUUUCUCGAAGCGAGGAAGAACAAAGGAAUAGACGGAAAGCCGCAGGUCUACCGGAAUGCUGCCCGCCUCCGUCGCUGCCCAAGCUGUCGGCGCCCUUCCGCCUGCUCGCCAACCUGCUGCAGAGCGACGCCGCGCUGCACGUGCUGCGCUGCGUGCUGGAGCGAGCCCUCGACCUGCGGGCCAGGUCCUUCUCCGAGCCGCAAGUGCACAAGGCGCUGCACCUGAUCGGCUACGCGCUGCGCGACGAGGAGAGCGGCCACUACGAGUUCCUGGCCUUCGCGGAGAGCGCGGCGCGCAGCGGGCUGCUGUCGCUGCUGCAGCGCCUCGCCGGCAGCCCGCGCGUGGACGCGCACCGCGCGCUCGCCCGCUGGCUGCUGCACCGCAUGCGAUCCUUACUGGGGCAGGGAGAUGAGAACCUGAGAGACAUCGAAAACAUGGAAACCGACCAGGAGGAGAAGCCGCCGUCCGAUGAAACCGCGGAUGCCGAGAAGGCCCGUCGUGCGAAGCUAGCCGCCGACAGACGCGUCAAGCUGAUGGCGCAAAUGAAGGCGCAGAUGAAUAAGUUCAUAUCUAACAACGCUACGCUUUUCCAGGAAACCACGACUGAGGUUACAGAAGAAGAGGAAAAGCAGGACUUGCUGCCGCUGUACCGCGGGGCGGCGCUCGGCGUGUGGGGGGGCGGCGUCAGCGAGCCGCCCCGCGUGUGCAUCAUGUGUCAGGAGCAGGCUCGCGUGGAGGCCAUGUCGGAGCCGCUGGUGCUGGUGGCCUUCGCGCAGCACUCGAGCGUCCUCAACCGCAAGGGCGCGGGCGCGGGCGGCGCGGACGCGGCGUGGCGCAGCGCGUGGCCGCCCGCCGGCCUGGGCGCGCAGCCGCACGUGUCGUGCUGCGGACACGCGCUGCACGCGCGCUGCUGGCGCAAGUACGUCGACGGCGUGCUCGACAAGGAGAAGCUGCGACCGUACCGCAUCCGACAGCCGGCCGCGUUCGACGUGGAGAAGAAGGAGUACCUGUGCCCGCUGUGCGAGCGGCUGUGCAACACGGCGCUGCCGCUGCUGCCGGCGCCGGCGCUGCCCGCGCGGCCGCCGCCGCCGCUGUGCGAGCACGUAUUCAGCGACGCCUCCGAGCUCAUCCUCAAACUUAAGCACCAGGUGUGCUCCGAAUCUGUGCAUCUGUGCACGGAGUACUGCGAGGACAUGCACUGCACGGCGCGCGCACGCAGCGUGGGCGCCGUGUCGUCCGACAUGGAGGACGAGUCCGCCGACGAGACCGAGGUGUACGUGUCCACGCACGCGGAGAACCUGCUGCCCGCCGAGUUCCUCACGCACUUCGACUGCGACCUGCCCGAGUACAACGAGACCACCAAGAUGCUCGUCGAGGAUUUCGCUAAGAUGCUUCCGGGAAUUUGUGGUCUAACAGAAUCGGGUGGCAUGGUGUCCGUUGCUGCUCUGUACCGAGCCACAUCUUAUACCAUCAUAAGCACAGAUGCGGUUCUCCAAGCAGAGAGUCGGCCCCUUCUCGGCGAUCUGCCUUCGAGACAUCGAGAUGCUUUACAAGCACUCAUACGUCUAGCUGCGGUUGUCCCGACGAUUUGGUCUUCACCUAAGCACAUCUCCCACCAUGCCUUGAGCACUUUGAGCACUCUAGAAAAAACAUCCCCCCUUACACAUCAAGUGUUCGGUACUCUAGUCGCCUUAGUCCUCACCGCUCCCUCAUUAUUCUGCAAAACAUCAGGCCCCGCCCGUCCGACACACUUAGCGAGACAAAUAACCCUAGAGGCGUUCAGAGCGACGCUGACCAGAGCCCUGAUAGCUACCGACGUCACUUCCUGCACCAGCGAAACCAUGGACGGCACGGAACCGACCAGAAAACCAGACUUAGAAAAUUUAUUGUCAUUUAUGAAGGAAUUGCGGAGAGGGAAACUCGAAAUUGAAAAAUUAAGUCCGAACGAAGUCUGGGAAUGUAUAAAAAAACAGUGCCAUAACUUCUUGAGAUGCUGCUGUCUAUUCUACCACUUUUUGAGCGAUAUCCAACCUCCCUCUGAACUGACCGUAGUGGGCGGAGAUACCUGGGAGACAAUGUGCGGAUACUUAGACCUGCCAAGCACGUUCCGAGACCUAAUCGAUAAUCUCUUAGCCAGAAAGAAGGCCCUCGCCUGGUCGGAGCUAUCGACCGACUGGUUCAACGGCGAUCUAUCUCCAAAAAUAGUACUCGAACCCGAGGAACCUCCGCGAUUGAUCACGCUGCCCGACGACUUCUCGGAGCUAAUGAACGUGGUCUCCGAGUUCUCGUGCCCGAAUUCGGAGCGGGAGGACAGCAAGAACCCGACGAUGUGCCUCGUCUGCGGCCAGAUCCUGUGCUCGCAGAGCUACUGCUGCCAGGUCGAGAUACGCAAGAGCGGGCGCGGCAACGGCACGGAGCUGGUGGGCGCGGUGGUGGCGCACGCGCUGUGGUGCGGCGCGGGCGCCGGCGCCUUCCUGCGCGUGCGCGAGUGCGAGCUGCUGCUGCUGGCGGCGCCGGCGCGGGGCGCCAUGCUGCCGGCGCCCUACCUCGACACCUACGGCGAGACCGACCAGGGCCUCCGUCGCGGGAAUCCGCUCCAUCUCUGCCCCGAACGCUACGAGCAUCUCCGCAUGUUGUGGCUGAGUCACGGCAUACACGAGAGGAUCGCCCGAGGACUCGACACGAACAUGCUGGUCACCACCACCUGGCAAAACAUGUGAAAAUGUGACGCCCACUCGGCAUCAUGUGCAGUCGCGACUUGAGGCGAUAGCGGGUGCGAGCUCGUAGCGUCAAAGGCGCAACUUUAAGAUUAUGCAGAGAAUUGAUUUCGAAAGAUAUAUCUAUUUGAUAUCUGGAAAAGGCCGGCACCUUGCUUCGAAAGGCGCAUCGAAUCGGUUUUUCUUCUCUUAAUUUUGGACGUAGUUACGGAAAUAAUAACUAACCAUUUUGGUUAAAAUGUCAAAAUGGUUGUAAUGUAUGUUACAGAAUUACUCAAAAAAAUGUCGGUCGCUUUAGCUUUUGUAAGCAUAUUUGUAUUGGCUUACAAAUGAUUCAUUUUAUUUUAUGUUAGUAAUAAAAAAGAAACAAGUUUUAAUGUUUGGUUUCCGAAACUGCGUCCAGUUUUAUCAGAAGUAUUUCUUUAUUUUAACGUUUUUAUAGAACAUUUUAAUUGUGUGGUUUCGUAUGGAAAUAUUACCUUCCAAUAUAAAACCGCAUCUAUUGUCCCCAGUUAAAAAAUAAACAAUAUAAUAUGUAUCGUAAAAGAUCUCUCAUUAUUACCAAAUAGUUAAAUAUAAAUUUCACGAUUACGAUUACGACUACGAUUGAACUGUGAUAAGCCGAGAUUGGCUUUUAACAUAUGCACGCACGUGCGUACUCAUAUUGAUAAUUUUUCAAAGGGUUAGUUUGUAGAUCUUUAUAGUAAUAAUUUAUUUUUAAGUCCGGAUCUAAAUUGUGUUAUUAUAAAUACGUAAUACGACUUCUGGUCUCGUUUCAUACUAGCUAAUUGUAGAAACAGUGUUUUAAGAACACAGUAUAGAAUUAGAUCGGAUGAUGCUUGAAAUUAAUUAAAAACAUUUCAUUUUAAAACUAUAUAUUUUGGUGUAAAACGUGAGAUUUUAAAAUUCAUUCGUUGCCUACUUGUUUAAGAUAUCGUUGUUGCACAGAGGAUAAAUAAUAAUUAGCUAUAAAAUAUUUAAUAUAGUUUCAAAAAUGCUUAUAAUUCGAUAUUAUACUUUGUCUUGAUAUGCGGUAAGAAUUAUAUCGAAAUAUGUACAAGGGUCGUUAAUCCCUGAGGUCAUUACUUAGACAAAAAGCUCUCGAAAAAAUUAUGACAAAUUAAAAUUUUGAUUUAACGUAUUUAUUAAAUGUUUGUUAAUUGUAUAAAAAUAUUGAUGAUGAUUUUGAUUGAUUAAUAAUACAAAAACCCUCUAACCCUUUUAAAAUAAAUUGUUUUCUUUUAAAGUAAAUCUUGUUUGUAAUAAAUCAUAUAAAAUUGUUGUGUGUAGAGCCCUAGCCCUAGCCGAGGGCUCCCAUUAAAUUUGUGUAUUCGCACAAAUUACUUUGUUGGUAUAAAAGUCGUGUUUAAAAAUGUAACAUUGAAUUUGUAUGUUCGUGUUUGCAAAUAAAUUAAUUGCUUCAUUUAUUUUUGAAUUUGUUUUAAAUAUAUCAUAUUAUUUCACAUC